AUGGCAGCAGCAGCAGCAGCAGCAGCAGGCAAGGGGGCCCCCGGCCGCAGGGCCGAGGCGGGUACUGCUCAUACCCUGGGUACCCUGGGCCACAUAGGCGGAGACUUCACCGUCACCAAGGGGGCCCCCUUUAUAAAGAGGAGAUUAGAGGUCUUCGAGCUGGGUACCCUGGGCCACAUAGGCGGAGACUUCACCGUCACCAAGGGGGCCCCCUUUAUAAAGAGGAGGUUAGAGGUCUUCGAGCGACUCAUGGAGAAACAGCAGCAAGAACUCAAGGUUGAGGGGUGA